UAAAAAGGCGGUCUUCAAUUCGAUCAGUCCAAACAGCAGCGAACCAUCCCUACUGUUGAAAAACGUUGGAAGCAUGACUCCGUUCUUCGUCGCCAUUUUCUUGCUCGGCUUUUCAUCGCUGGUCACCGCCGCCAACUUCACUCAGGUCUACGAGUGGCCCAAUGAAUUGGACUACGAGUGGCCGUCGGAGGAAAGCAGGGCACACGCCUUGGCAGAUGGAACUUUCAACCCACUGAAAAUUCAUCCUCGUUACUUGGCUGUCUACGGAACAAGGCUUUUCCUUACUCUGUUUAAAGAAGAUGGUGUUCCGGUGACUCUGGUGUCUUUGCCGACGAGCAGCGCGUCCUCCACACCCCCGAAGUUCACCCCAUUCCCUUCGUGGGACUUCCAUCUUAAUGGAUCGGGAAACUGCGACAAGAUCCAACAGGCAGAAGGGAUGGAAGUGGACUCCGACGGAAGACUGUGGGUGCUCGAUCAGGGAAACUCUGAUUCCAAUUGCAGUUCCAAACUGUGGAUCUUCAAUUUGAACAACAAUGAAACCGAACUCAUUCAUCGAUUUUCUUUUGACGAAUAUUUUCACGACUUGGUGCUCGACGAAACGGCCAACGGAACCUUCGCCUACGUCGCGCGCUGGAUGGAAAGCCACGUUGUUGUGUUUAGUUUGGAGAGGAAUGAAUCUUGGAUUGUGCACACGCCGGAAGUCCAGGUGAAUUCCAUUGCCCUGUCCUUCAAGGAUCAGGAACCGAGACAGCUCUACCUUGGUAGAUCGGGCUACCAAGAACUCUAUUCAAUCCCCGUCGCCGCUCUCCACAACGGAAAUCGAACUACAGAACCGCGACUAAUCGAAAACUGGGCUGCUCACAAUUCGUAUAGGAUGCUGAUGGACAACCACGGCACCUUGUACUCCGCCUUUAUGUACGAGAAUUACACUUCCACUUGGAACACUUCCCAGCCAUUUCUGGAGCAACCUUUUCAUCAGGUGGCUGAAGUGAGAUCUUCUUGGCCACUUACUUUUGCCUUUGACCAAAAUGGAACCUUUUGGACGGCAGCGUAUAAUGACGUGAGAAUUCCAAAAUUCAGGCUUUUGAAGGCUUCAGUUGGUGCAAAAUCGUACAUCUUCGAGGCCUCGCCAGAAUCACGAGAGUGAUACUGCCUUAUAAGGUCGGGAGAGGUCUUUUGCAAGGUUGGAUGGAAGAAAAACCCACCCUGGCUGCGUCCACGGCAUCUGUGACCAACCCUGAGAGGGAACCUGGCCACCCGGCUGCCGUGCAAAUUGACCUCUAAAACGAAUGUAGACUCGGGUAGUGAUUUUAGUUGAAUAUUAAAAUUUUCUGGGAUAUUA